GCGCUACGCGCGCGCGGUUCGCUCGUCUCUUGCCUGUACCCUCGGACUGUGCGCAGCAGCAAGACUCGCUCGUCGCGCGGGGAUUGUGUUUGUUUCGCCGUGCGCCUCCGCGCCCUGCCGUGGCCGACCAGGCUUGUGUGAAGUGAAAACCGUCGACCUGUGCCCCUACGCGGCUCGCAGACGCGCAAGCGGCAGACGUGGAGGAUGCUGAAGCACGUGUCGGUGUCGCCUUGGCGCGGCCGCGCGGACAGCGUGAGCCUGGCGUCCAGCGGCGGCGCGAGCAGCUGCGGCAGUCCCAGUCCGGGGCACACGCCGCCGCCGUCCAGGGCGUCGUCGUGCGCCUCCCUGGCACCGCUCACGGCGCUCUCCAGCUUCGUCUCGCCUGCGGAUCAAGCGCCACAGCAGACGACGAUCAAAGUGUACGCGACCUGCCUCCGCCAGGACAUCGAGUACAAGACACUGAGCAUCACGUACGAAACGACGUGCCGCCAAGUGGUGCAGAAGCUGCUCAAUAAGUUUCGUAUGCGGCACCGGGACCCGCGGCUGUUCUACCUGACGAUGGAGGUGACGGUGCGCCGGGCGAACGUGCGCACGGAGCUGGCCCUCGACGAGGACGCACGACCGGCGGCCCUGCAGUUUUGCCAUCCGCGAGGCGAUUCCAAGUUCUCGCUGAAGACGCGCCACGGCGGACUCGUCAAGGUCUACGACAGCGCGCUCAUGUCCGGCUCCAAGUACAAGAGCCUACUCAUCUCCGAGAAAACCACCGUGGACGAGCUCAUCCAGAUGCUGCUCAGCUGCUACAACUUGAACGAGCGCGUCGAGCAGUUCUCGCUGUACGAGGUCUGCGAGACCGAGGAGUAUCAGAGGAAGCUGCACCCCGACGACUCGCCGCUCAAAGUCACUCAGAGAUGGGCCAGCGCCGAUCAGCGACACUUGAGAAUCAGGCGCAAUCCCGACUAUAAUCCACACAGGCGAAGGAGCAUGUGGUCAUCGGACUCGAGCAUCACCCUGGCGAUGUCGCGACUCCAGCUACAACAGAGUCCACACCAUCACCAUCACUACUUUGUGCCCAAAUCCAUCAGCAACAACAACAACAACAACAACCUGUUGACGUGUCGGCACGGGCACGUGCACAGCCACAACCACGUCCAUCCGCACAGCGACAGCAACAACAACAGCAGUAACAACAGCAACAACGGCAACAAACAGCAACAGCAGCAGCAGCAGCAACAAUUGCAGUUGAAGAGUCUGCCCGCGACGCCGGUGGCAACAAAACAUAUCUCGACAAAGUCCUACGCCGACUACAAGAACUAUUUGUUCAUUUAAACAGUAUUUUGUCCUUGUUCUUUUGUAUCAUUUCUUUCUCUCUCUCUCUCUCUCUCUCUCUCUCUCUCUCUUUCUCUCUCUCUCUCUCAGCGUUACCUUGUACAUAAACUAUUAUACGUUUACGUAGAUUAUCGCUCAAGCAGGUGGCUAAUCUCGAUAAAGAGAACUAUUGUAUCAUUUUAGUCAGCUCCGCAUACAAAAGUGUACCAAAGGUAGUUUGUAUCGAUGUCCUCCCUUCGCCCUCCCUUAGUUAUUAAUUUUUCGCGCGUAGCAUCGCGGCAGUGAACAAAAAGGAAAGCCCUCUUGAGAAAAAUGACCGUUGCUCCAGAGAAUCACGUUUUAAGAAUGUCGCGUCUAUAUAAUUUGUUGUGACAAUGCCGCUUCGUGUGCCCGUUCCAUUUCGUUCUCUUCGCACACGAGUCAAAAAAGUAUACAAUUGCGCGAUCGACCAAAGAGAUAAAUAAGCUUACUGCCGCAUCGUAUAUUACCGAUGUCGGUUACGCGUACUAGAUUAAAUAUUAUCGCUCCGCGCACUGCCACGACCGUAGUAGUUGCGUACUCAUCACAGCGAAACCUCGCUUCUCGCACAGACGUACGACGCUCUGUACCAUGGCGAAGCUUCGCCACAGUCGAGAGGAAUAUCGCGGCUUAUUAUAGUGUAUAUAGUUUACCAAAAACAGGCGCAUCUAUAAUGUCUUUGUACCAAUGACUGACUGCUCAGUAUGACGACUACAAUUUAUAUCUUAUUAAUGUGUAAAUAUUUUUGUAACAUUGUAUCUUACAAUUAAUGCGAGGCUAUAUGCCUUUUAAUAUUAAAUGUCGUGAAUAUC